AUGUCAUUCCAAGCAGCCAAACGCCGUCGGCUUGACCAAGCAACAUCCACGCUUUCCAAGCCAUUCAAAUCUCCGCUCCGCAAACAAGUCCAAAACACAUCUGCAGAAUACGGUGUAGAGAAACCAGACAGCUUAAUAAAACUAGAAGCGCCGAUUAAAGCCGCUGCUGCUCACACAACUACCCCCAGCAACACACAAACAACACAGAGCAUCAUUAACAUCCCGUGCACCCCGAUUAAAAGACCCACCACAAUCCCACCAACCGCGCCACCUGCCAGCGCUUCCACCACAUCGUUGACACCAUCACCAAGCGCAUCUCCUGAACUCGUCACUCUCCAGAAGCAGCACUCUGCCCUGACCACCCGCCUUACAAAACUACGCAGGGAACUUGAUCUCGCUACACAGGCGCUAAAGCUCGAGGAAUCCGGGCAAGAUGCGGAGCUUGAAAUUCUGAUUGCCAAGUGGAAGAGAGUGAGCCGUGAGGCGGCGGAGGAACUGUUUGUUGGAGCAGAAGAGAGGGUGAAAAGGAUGGGUGGCGUUAAAGGUUGGAGAGAGAAUAUGAGAAAGGCCCAGGAGAGGAGGGCGGGGUGGGAUUACGAUGACCAAAAUGUUGGGAGUGAUGUGGAGGAGGCUGAGAGAGGGAGGGCAGAGAUCGAGGGUGAGAUCGAGGUUCACGAGGGUACGAGUGCGAGCAAGAAUGGAAACAGAGGCAGAAACGGGGAAAGCGAUGAGGAUGAGAGUUUUACCAUGGAUAUGAUGCUAAAGAGCUUAAAUAUCGAGCUUGAUAUCAUAGGAUUCGAUGCAGAUACCCAACAAUGGAUUUAA